GAACAUUCCAUGUCAUCACUCGUACUGAAGAGGAUGGAGACUGUGGCGCACGCAAACGCGCCCAUUCCCUUUUGAGGAUCUUUGCGUGGGGGUUAAGAGACACUCUGUCGGAAGUAGAAGCAUUCUGAGAGGCUAGCUUUUUUAAUCUGCGAGCUUCCCUAAGUGCCAGUUGCUCCGGAGUAAGUGUGGGCGGCAUAGUAAAGGAGAGUUUGGUGAUUUUCCUGGCCCCAACAGAAGCCUGCCAAGAGGAGAGAAGGGCUUUCGGCAGCACACCCAGGAUGCUUAGGCUCGCCUGUCUAUGAAGGUACACGCUGAUAGUGAGGCGCGAAAAGCCUGCCGUAUUUGGAUUUGUUGACGUCGGGGUGUGGGGAAUGUGACUGGGCCUCACAAUCUUGGCUUAGCUAAGAAAACCUCCCUAAUUCCUUCCGUUCGCUACAGGUACUACUGCCAGGGCGCUCGUAACGUUUUCUAUGUCCGGAGUCUGGGACGACUUCCAUUCUGUAUGGACAAGUGUUGGCCACAACACUGUGGAUAGGUUGAAAGCCAUCAUAAAUGGGCUGAACGUAUCCUGCCGUACUAGUAUACCUAAGAGUGGGAAGAAACAAGAUCAUAUCGAUCGCAUUCGUGCAUUUUUGACGCACCUACGCGAAAAUGGCGACAUAGCGCUGUGGAAUGCAUCCAAAGCAGUCAUCUCUCCCCGCCCUCCUGCUGCUCCGACAUCCAGUACCACUGCUCCCUAUCCUACAGGCCCUCCACGAUCACACCCUUACACGCCUUCUGCAGCUGGUCCUUCCGGCUCUUCGACUGCCUGGACUCAGGCAAGAUCGCAUCUGAAUGGACCUGUGUACUCUGGCUCUUCCUCCUCCAAACCCACUAUCCGCUUCAAAUUGUCGCCUUUCUUUUCCGUAGAAAAUCCUUUGUCAGACAUCAUUUCAGUCUCUGAGACUAAGUCGAAUAGCGAGCGUGGCGCGGCGGUGGUCCAUUUCAGCUUGAACCAGGAAUUGCUAACGAAACUCUCGAGUCCGAGUCACCAAUUACGGCUUUACUGCACAAGUUCGAGCUUUUAUACUCCAGGAGGCAACGUAUGGUCAUCGCAGGCGUGCCCGAUUGAGUUCCCCCCCGUCUGCGAAUUGAAGAUGAACGGUCAUAUCGUCACAGCCAACACUCGAGGAAUGAAGAAGAAACCCGGGACGGCGCCCCCAGUAGAUUUAGGGAAAUACUCAAGUACAGGAUUGAAUAGAAUAGAUAUGACCUAUGUCAACAACUCGCAGCCCUUCGUGAUGAAGAAAUACUAUCUUCUUGCUAAUCUUGUUCGAGUAACAACAGUAGACCAGUGGGUGGAUAAGAUUCGAUCGUCCAAGCUGCGGUCGGCCGAGAUAGUCAAAGCUUCUCUGUUCAAGAAUAAGGAGGAAGAUGAUGAGAUCGUAGCUGGUGCACAGACGAUGUCCCUGAAGUGCCCGCUCAGUUAUAUGCGUCUCCGCACUCCAUGUCGUUCGCAGCUUUGUCUACAUUCACAAUGUUUUGACGCGACUAGCUGGUUCAUGAUGAUGGAGCAGACAACCACAUAUCUCUGCCCAGUAUGUGAUAAGGCUUUAAAUGUGGAUGACCUGAUCAUGGAUGGAUACGUUAGCGACAUCCUCAACGUCACACCUGAUACCGUCGAAGACGUUAUCAUUGAACCUGACGGAGAGUGGCAUACCGAAGGUGGCGAAUUCUCCUCCGCAGGAUGGGAGUCCAAAAAGCCGGCAUCUGUCAAUGUUAAACGCGAUCUGUCUCCGGAUCAGAAACCUAUGCUACCCUCUGCCCAACCCAAUGGCAACAAUGUUUUCUUUGUUGACUCGGACGAUGACGGUGAUGAACAGGUCCAUAAGCAUGACCUCUCGCACAUGUCCACUACUUCAAAGAGCUCCGGAGAGACACGUGUUGCUACCAGAGCAGGCGGUCGGGAAAAGGCACCCCAAGUCAUUGAUUUGACGUUUGAUUCCGACUCUGACUCUGACGGUAACCCUCGUGCUACCCCGCGACCAGCCACGAAUGGUUCAAAGCGCAGAGGAUCUCAUGAUGUCAAUGACCAACUUUCCAAACGUCUGCGGACAGACGACUCAGUCUCUUCAGGGGAUACAUAUGGCGGAAAUUAUGUUGGACGGCCUCCAGAUUGGACCGGUGGCAUGCCAGAUGUUGGGGCCCGAGGCUAUGGCGGCGGAAGGGAAAGCUCCGGGCAGUAUUAUUCAUGCUCUCCUCCGCAAACCUCAUCAUACCUGCCGCAUGUGACCCCUGCAGCAUCCAGCCCUUUUUUCACCUUCAACUCUCCUCGCCUUCGGAGUCCCCCCAUAACAUUCAUCGGUGGUUCCAGUGAUAGCUCUCGUCCACAUAUUCGCCUUCCACCGCUUCGUUCCCUUGAUAAUUCACGGUCUCCGCCGACUUCCGAGCCCCCACCGUCGUGGAUGCGGGACUGAUUGGCCGAGCAAUGUUGUUCCGAUGCGCCCUUGAUGUUCAGUUAUUUCUCGUGUGGUUCGCUUCGUGCGAGGUCCUUGACAUUAGUUACAUACAUAGUUGUAAUUAUUUUUUUUCCAUUCCCAUUGUCAUCCCAGUUCUAUCGUCCGGUCUAACUCGAUGUUAACGACCGUUUUCAUUCCAUUCUCGGGUCUUCCAUAUGCAAAUGAGAUGACAUAAGCGUCUUAGAUGCCGGGCUUUCCCGCUUGUUUCCGUCGUUAAAAGUUGGUUACGUUCCCUUUUUUCACAACAGUUGUACUAUCCCCCACUCCCCUAUACUUCAUUCACGCUAGCUGUCUGCGAUGGCUGACACCAAGAAAAAGACCAAGACUCCUAAGGAGUUCGCAGGUAUGUGCUUCUUUAGCUCCUACGCCGUGGCCACCUUUGGUGACACGGCUAUCUAUG